AUGUCUGGACCUCAUGACCUCGUUACUUACCUCCUGGGCGCUUGGGACUUGAGUGCCUGUGGUGAUCUUUUACUUCAAGGUGUCAUCUUCGCCCAAACAGCGCACUACUUUGCGCUGUACCACUCGGAUUUGCUUGCUCUUCAGAUGUUCGUCCUCGGUCUCUUGCUUCUUACCACCCUCAAGUCGAUGCAAAUGAUCGCUAUUCUGUGGAUCCAGAACGUCACCAACUUUAUAGACAUCCGUGCCGCGAGUAUGAUGUUCACGACCAAUUGGCUCCAGCAGAUUAACUUAGCAUUUGGCGCCUUUAUCGCGUUCUACAUUCAAAUCUUCAUGUGUCAGCGUCUUUGGACCCUUUCUAAAAAUGUGUACAUCGUUCUGCUCAUGAUGACCAUGUUCACGUUCUCGUUGAUCGCGGCAUUUGUGGGGGUCAGCUUGACGUUCAACGAACGGGCUGUUGUCAGAUCGACAUGGGUUUCGCUCUACUUCAGGGUAGUUUUCGGUGGGGAUCUAUUGCUCUGCGCUUCGACAGCCUAUGCCCUUCUGCAACACUCAAGACAUGUGCUGCCGCACACUGCCGGAAUGCUGAAUGCAAUCCUCAAACUAACAAUCCAGAGCGCAAUGCCCGGUGCGCUUUGUGCCAUGAUCACCCUCAUCACUUCGCAACUCGGCGGCCCAUCCCGUGGGGCUACACCAGCGACGAUGCUAACCAUAAUUUCAUCCAACUUACUGCCCAAACUCUAUGCACUUAGUGCAAUGUGGACUUUGAAUUCGCGGCACAGGAUACUACUGAGCUCGCGAUCAACGGGUCACAAUACAAGCAGCAACGAGGGCCAGAGCGGGGGGAGGAGGACUGGUGGUCCCAGCGGUUCACGUGCUGUCGAGCUGGGGGAUUUCAGCAAAGUCAAUCAUAUCAAAGUUCGCACACAAGUGGACACCACGCAGCAUACGGACAGCCACUCAACACCAUUCUCCACGCGUGAUCAUGACCAUAAAGCGCAGGAAAUUGAGGAUACAGAUGCGGGCUCGAGGAAAAGUAGUUGA